GCUUAAGCCUAGAAAGAAACUCAAUUUGUCUUCCCACUGCCUUCUCUCUGCCACAGGAGGGUGCUGCGAUCAUUCCAGAGGCUCGGGUUUGGCAAGACUGCGUGGGUCACAGCGCGGAGUGUUUGUUACAAAAUGUCUGUCUUGUGCUGUCACAGGCUGCUGGGGAGAAAGAUCGCAUUCAUCUCCUGGCUGUUCUGGCUGCUUUGGUGCAGCGCGACGCUCUCUCCUGUCUGGGGGUACGUGAUUGUGAGCUCGGUCUCCUGGUCAGUUACCAACGAGGCAGAGGAAGAGCUGGACAGCUCCUCCAACGAGGAGGCGCUGCCUUCGCUCCUCGAAGACACCACGAGCAUCUGGAAGCAAAGCUACCCGGCCUCUGUUUAUAAAGAAGACAGCGAAAUGAGGUCCAGGCAAGGGGUGGAGAGGUCUAAGCAGAUCUCCUCUCCUUCCAGGAUGUUUUCCUACAGAAGAGAAAGUUCCAAAGGGACAGGCAACCUUCCUCCUCACAAGCAGAUCAUCAGGACUGCCCGAUCCCUGGCUCACACUAACAGCUGGGGCUUUCUGGCUACUGUAUCUACCCAGGAAAAGAUCAAGGGUGUGCCCUUUGGGAACUGCUUACCCAUCAGUGAUGGUCCCUUCAACAACAGCACUGGGAUUCCCUUCUUCUAUGUGACUCCAAAGGACAACAUUGUCGCUGACUUGAUGAAAAAUCCAAUUGCCUCCCUGACCCUGCCAGAAGCAGCAGGAGAUUUCUGCAGAAAAAAUAUCAUUGACUUGGAAGAUCUUCGAUGUGUCAGGUUAACCCUUACAGGCCAGAUGGUUUCCGUGUCUCCAGAAGAAGUGGAAUUUGCUAAGCAAGCUGUGUUUUCAAGGCAUCCAGUAAUGAGGAAGUGGCCCCGUCAUUAUGAGUGGUUUUUCAUGAAAAUGAAUGUUGAAAAUGUGUGGCUCCAGAACUGGCACGGAGGAGUUUCCAACAUUGCGACAGAAGAAUAUUUCAAAGAAGUUCCAAGUAAAGCUUGAGGAAGCCUUGAGAUGAACCUUCACAGCUCCCAUCUUUGCUUUUAAAAAUUCAGUUAUUUAAAAUUAUGCCAGCCAGGCAAUAGUUAGGUAGGCUCUCUUUUCAGAAAGGUUCCCAACAGACUAUGACCAUGAACCACUGGGUUAACAAGAGAGGUGAAGAUGGCCAUUUCCAAAUGGUGGAUUCCCAAUGAUGUAAUAGAUGGCUUUUGUUUAAAAUCACUUCAGGUGAUUAAUUCACUUUAGGUCCACUCAUUUGGUACUCCUUGGUGUGCAUCAAAAAGAUGACAGACAUAGUAUGUGUUGAAACAGUUGGUUUCCAUUCUGUAGGAAAACCAAUUACUCAUGUGAGAAUAAUGUGACUGCAUUAUAUUGUGAAAGUGCUUUUCUUUCUUGCGUUGCCAAAAGCAUUGUCCAAGUGUUCUAAGUUUGAUACAACUAUAAAGGGUUUAAAUUAAUGUCAUAUAGCCACAUGUGUUUUCUAAUAGUUGGAGAAAAACCUUUGAAGGAUGGUGGAGCAUGUAGCCAUGAAUUGUAAAUUGUGCUCCUGGAUUACAAGCAUGUUACCAAAUCACCUGGUUAUGAUUUACAGACCAAUUACAUAACUUCCCCCCCCCAUCCCUUAACAUGACCAACAGUGUAAGAUCUUGGAGUUUUGUACUUAGCCUUAGUCUAAGUAAGCUGAUUAUGAGAGUACAAUAAACAGGAUGGCUUGUUAUACUGAACAGUUUGGGUAAAAAAAAAGCCAAUGCUUAUUACAUUUGUCUCUGCCAUUCUUCAGCUAAAACCUGAAGCAGUUCAGUGUAAGGGGGCAAAAAAGGGAGUGGAAAGAAGCUGUUCAUGUCAUCUCUGGCAAGAGAGAAAAGAACAGAAGCUCAGAACUGGAAGGGAUCUCAGAGGACCUAGGCCUCACCUUUGCCUGUGUAGAAAUCCUUUCUAUGUUUCCUAACAAAUGGUCAUCUGUUCUCCUUUUGAAGACUCCAAGGCUGGAAAUCUGACUACUUCCUGAGACAGCUCAUUCUACUGUGGGACAGCUCCAGUUGUUAGGAAGGUUUUCCUUUAUAUAGAGCCACAUUCUGCCUCUCUGAAACUUUCACCUGUUGUUCUUGGUUCUGUCUAAUGGAGUCAAACCAAACAUUUCUAAUUCUAAUUUCUCUAUCAUGUGAAGAUUCUUUAGCCGUUUGAAGACAGCUGUCAUGUUCUUCCAAACCCCCCCUUUUUAAUGGCCUAAAUAGCUUCAGUUUUUUACAUAGAAUGAGAAUAGAUGAGAAGGUGAAAAUGUCCUACAUAAAUAGAAAAGAAUUAAAUCAGGAAAACAGCAAAACGGCUGUUGAAGAGAUUUAUUGAUUGGAGCCAUAUUUACUAUACCCUUUACUUUAAAAAUGUUGUUUCUGAGACAUGAUUCUUAUUAAGCUUUUAGAAUGUCUGUGGGAGCAUUUACAAAGUCUGACAUGGUUUCUCAAAAUUUGUUGUACAUUAUGCAACCAGAUUAUUUGGCCUAAGAAACAAUAAGAAGACAAAAUUUCCCAGUCCAUUACUUCUUGCGUGCAUGCCUUGAUUUCUAAGUUCUGAAGUCUAAGUGAGUAAUUCUAAAAGAGUAUUACUAAGUUGCUCUGUUAAUACUUUUAGGACACCCAGCAAAGUUGAGUCUUUGUUGCACACAUAUUAUAUGAAAAUCUAGUUGAAAAACCCACUUUUAUUUUGAUGGUUUCUAGUACCACUUCUAAGAGAUAUAUAAUUGAAUUCACUACCAUAGCUAUAAGUACCCAACUUUCUUAUCCUUGGAAGAUGAUUUCUAAUCCUGACUUAUUAGAUCCGUGUGUGUGUGUGUGUGUGUGUGUGUGUGUGUGUGUGUGUAACAUUAAAUGUUAUUUUU